CGAUCUGACAAAUACAUUAAUUAGGGUGAGCCUGGACAUUGAUAUAGAUUUAUUUCGGGGUCCUCUCAACGUACCACAUGCGAGGUCUCGUUUAAAGUAAUCAAAUAUAAUUUCUGUUAUUAUAUAAAGGACAUAGGCGAAGAUUGGAUUUGAGGCAAGCAAUUGUGGCGUAGUUGUAGUCAAACUUGUCUUGUUUUAACUUGUUCUAUUUAUUAAGAAUGCUAUUGAACCGAAGGCUCCACGCUGCGAGUGAUUGAUUUUCCAGUAAAAUUGAUAAUAGUGUCAAAUAGUGUUGUUUUCAGUUUUUCGUCAAUAAAUUUUUAUUUCAAUUUGAUAUAAAAAUCAAAUUUUUCAUAAUAAUUUUCUUAAAGACUUUUUUCACUAAAUUCAUUUACGAUGGCGCAAAAUUUUCUGUACAUGUUCGAAGUCGUGGUCGACGAUCUUUUGGUAACGCGGCCAAAUUAUUGCGCGCCUGAAGAGUACCCCACAUGCUGUGAAAUUUCAUUUAGGAAUAGCGUUUUCUUAUCAAUAUGCGAUCGUGAACUUGGCCAAUGCGUGGAUCCGACUGGUCCAAAAUGUGGCAAAUGCUGUUUGUUCUCAUUGGAUGCACCUGUUAGUGACACGGACAAAUUGCUUGUGCAUGUAUACAAGAAGAAAUCGCACAAGUGCAAAUUUUUAAUAGGUUGCACAGACAUGCCAAUCAAGGGACUAUUCGACACAGUUAUGGAGAAUUUCAACGUCGAGAAUCCUAACUGGGAGGAAACGACCAAGAAACACAUAUCCAAUAUACUGAACCUGCCAGAGCAAAAAUCAUCUCAAAUGGUUAACGAUUGUGAGGAUGAUGCAAUGGGACGACGUGAACAGUUGUGUCCAACGUCAGAGAUGACCAAACGUUUGUUGCCCAUUUUCAAUUUGAAAGGGGCUCAGACGGGCAAUAUUGUUUUGAUUAUACGACUGGUGGCCAAUGGUCCAGCUAUUGUGUCUUAUUUUCCAUUUGCGCGAAUAUGUCAGGCAGGCUGCGGAGCAAAACCACCUAUUUGUGGUCCAAAAGAACGCACCAAAUCAUGCCCAGAUAAUGACAAAGACAAAUGUACCGGAGUUGAUGACAUUUUGCCGCAAUUAGGUAGAUGCUGUGGCGGAGAUGAUAGCGCUUUUGGUGCUACCGGCACGUCGAAUGUAGGCGCUACAAGCAGUGCUAGAGAAGUUAGUAGUAGAGAAGGUAGCGAUAAGCGCGACGACACCAGCAACGCCGCUCCAACUUACGGCAAUAAGGCCGCUUGUGGCGGUCGCAAAGUUUAUCGAAACUUUAAAGAUCCCGACAAUAGUUGUAUACCAAUGGAGGAUCCCUGCAAAAAACAGGAAAAGAAAUUGCGAUGCUUGCGUUAUUUUGCUUGUAACGCUGACAAAGGUUGUCCAUGCGAGGACGUAGAAGAUGAUUGCGAACGAGGCAAACAAAAGCACCAGGCCUGCAAGUCACUUAAAUGCGGCUGUCCACAGUCUAUCAAGGACAGCUGUGACAGCAGUAAAGAGAAAGAGGUCAGCAAAUCUCAGCCUUGUUCUUGCGAUAAAUGCACGGGUGAAUGCGAAGCCGCUUCUGGAGAUGAGCUUUUUGAUCCCUGCAAAGUGCCUGACACUUCCCGGCGCGAACCAUGCUUUAUGGAACCGACUAAACCAUUUCCGGGUCCCAAUGAUUAUGAAGAAUUCGAAGCCUGUCUAAAUGGCAGUGGUCUAUUAAUACGCGUACUUAAAGAUACGCAUCAAGUCGAGAAUAUAUGCGAUGGCACUGAAAAUUUCGACAAUGCGGAAAGUGGAAGUGAUUAUGACGGUAAUCAAGAUGGCAGCCAAAACUCUCAAUGCAAUUUGAAUGAACUAUUGCAGCGCAGUGACUUUGCUCGUAAUCAAAUUAAACGCCGCACUGGCGGCCACAUUGUCAAUCAUCCAAAAUUACCGAAAAUUCGCGCCAAUAUUAAAUAUGCGGGUAAUGAUUACUGCUGCCCGGAUAGUUUUCAUGUACCAUUUUCAAGAUUCAAAGAGUUUUGCAAUAACCAAGAAAGUAAAGUUGACGCUUAUCGCCGCCGUAAGUCCGGUGAUCGUCGCGUCCGAGCACCGCUGCAUCCUGAUAACAAUCGAAGUUGUUGUGUUCAAGUCAACCGUGAAGAUAUAAAAAAUGCGAUCCAGGGCGUUAAUGUUGAUACGAGAAAGAAAGGUAUUGAGGUUUGCUACAGAACGUGCGAGGAAACAGAUAGUGACGUAUUUGUAGUGAAAUUGGGCAAUAAACGCAAGAGCCAAAGUAAAAGAAAUAAUAUCGAAAUUGAAUUGAAGACACCAAAGCAACCAUUGGUGCUGCCAAAGCAACGACUGACAACUGAAACCCAGAUAAACGAGGCUGAAUUGGACGCCGCACUUGCUGAUGUCUGCAAAGCCAAAGGCAAAGGCAAAGGAAAGGGUAAAGGAAAGGGUAAAAACAAGAAAAAGAAGUAGACACGAAGUUCUACAAAAAACGAUAAACAACGAGCCCCGCUUCUCAAUUGAGGAAAAUGUGAUUCUUUUGUGCAGUCACUAUAGAACAAAGUUCAGACAUCUAUUUAUAUAAUGUAAAAUUUUGUGCGUUUUUUUUUUGUUUUUGCUUUUUUUUUAAUGCAAUAAUAUCUAUAUGUAUCUAAGAGUACACGAGACUUGGUGUACACUCAAAAACAAAUCAUAUUUCUCUCAUUCUCAUUAAUUUAUCAAUUGGAAAAAAUCAAAAAACUAGAUACAAACAAAACAACAACAAAAUCCUCUCUCGUCCCGCUUUACUAAUCUGUACUGAAAUUUACUAAACAGUGCGUAGUUUUGCGUGUAGUGCGUUUGUGUUUACAAAUUGGAACAAGGGGAAAUUUCAUUGUUUUGUGACGGACAAAAAAAAAACCAAAUAAUGUAAUAAAUAAAAAAAUUAAUGAACUUUCAAAACAAAUUUUUUCUUCUAUCGCGAAAUAAAUAUUGGAGAAAAGGUCAAAUGUUAAAUGCUAGCAAAUAAAAGGAAAUGUAAUUAAAGCGAAAAAUAGCCAGCGACUGCAUUUGAGAUGAAAAUUAGCGAGUAAAAGUAGGAAAAAAAGAAAACAAGAAAUCACUGGAUGCCUUUUCAUUGGCAUGAGAAGAUUUUGCAAAAGUUGUCCGCAAGACUUUCAAUUCAUAUGGGUGGAGUUUGCCGGCCGAAGGAUGGGGGGUACAUUCAUUCUGUCGAAAUGCUUCCAACGCCCAGGAGGAAGCUGACACAAAGGCCCCGCAAAGCGUAUGUAUUCAAGAUUAGCGUCAAAUUCUGAAUCGAUUUAAACGUACCCGUCUGUCC